ACUAGCUCUCUCUCUCUCUCUCUCUCUCUCUCACUGUCACUGAGACACAGAGACAAGCUAGCUAAUUUCGACAUGGUUUCCAAGAACUCCAUGUCGUCGCUCCUCUUCCUCAUGGCGCUGCUGCUCUCAUGCAGCUCCAUGAGCAGCGCGGCACGCCGCCUGGAGGAGCUCCCGGCGCCACACCCCGCCGUGCCGGAGCUGCCGAAGCACGAAGAGCCGCAGCACCCCGUCGUGCCGGAGCUACCCAAGCACGAAGAGCCACCUGCGCACCCCGUCGUGCCGGAGUUGCCGAAGCCCGAGGUGCCACACCCCGUCGUUCCGGAGCUGCCCAAGCACGAAGAGCCACCGCACCCCGCCGUGCCGGAGCUGCCGAAGCCCGAGGUACCACACCCCGUCGUGCCGGAGCUGCCCAAGCCCGAGAUACCACACCCCGCCGUCGUGCCGGAGGUGCCACACCCCGUCGUUCCAGAGCUACCCAAGCACGAAGAACCGCAACACCCCGCCGUGCCGGAGGUGCCGAAGCCUGAGGUGCCACACCCCGUCGUGCCAGAGCUGCCCAAACACGAAGAGCCGCCGCACUCCGCCGUGCCGGAGCUGCCCAAGCCCGAGGUGCCACACCCCGUCGUUCCGGAGCUACCCAAACACGAAGAGCCGCCACACCCCGCCGUGGCGGAGCUGCCGAAGCCGGAGGUGCCACACCCCGUCGUGCCGGAGCUGCCCAAGCCCGAGGUGCCGGUGCCACACCCCGCUGUGCCGGAGCACGAACAGCCGCCGAAGCCUGAGAGCCAUUACCCCGAGGUGCCAGAGGCCAAGCCAUGAUCGAUGCAGAGACAUGGGAUGGUAUAUAUCUUUGAAUAAGCCCUAAUUAUCUCUGUUAAACUGUUACGUGUUUGUACGUGUACGUGUGUGUGGUCAUGCACGUAUGUAAACUGUGUUGUUUGCAUGGGAUCUCUUGUCCGUGAUGAGCUACGUACAUAUAUAGCUAGCUAGCUGUGUGGUGUUCCAGUUGUGUGCUGUUCUGUUGUUGCAGAUUUCUGUGUUCUUGAAUGAGUGGUUGUGUAGUUGUGUGUGUGCUGGUUUAUGUGUAUGCACACACGAUGGAUACAUUUAUGGUUCAUCUUAUUUUAUCUUUUGAGUUGUGGUUGCACUCCUACAUAAAUAUAAAUACAUAGUUCA